GGGACUGAUCUGGCAACCCUGUAAGGCGUGGCCAGUUGGCCCCCGCUGACAGACCUGGUGACGGCGCAUCCUCAGCGCUCAGACUGGAGCACAGCAGCGGAUAAAGCGCUUGUGGAAGAGCGGCUCGUCACACGGAAGACCACAGGCUACAGGAUGAAAGUUUUUUUGCAAGUGAGCGUGGUAUUUGUUCUGGCCCUUAUUGGCCUGGGCUCUGCUAUUAAGUGUUACGAAUGUGAAGACUACACUGGCAAAUGCAGUCACACCGUUAACUGCGCUGGCCAAAACGAUGGCUGCCUGACACUGAAAGAAAGAAAUGGGAAAAUAUACAGGCAGUGUAUCCGGUUUUCAGACUGUCAAACCAGUGUGCUUGGUUCCAUGUUUCCCCAAGUGGGCAGCUUCGAACACAGGUGCUGCAGCCAAGACUUGUGUAAUGGUGCAUCCGUGAGCACAGCCAGGACUUCAGUGAUCACCUUGCUUCUUUCCCUGGCUCUGUUCUGGUGGUGCAUCUUUUAAUCGAAUGUAUUCAGAUAUGCCUGCUGAUGCUGUGCAUAACAAUACUAGUCCUGAGUGUUAUACCUUUAAGGGACUUGAAGAUUAAGAUUAAAAUAAAUAAACAGACAAACUACUGAUACUGCCUCCUUGUGUAAUAGCACAAAUCAACAGAUUAAUAUUAUUAAUAAAAUUUAUACUUCAUAUUAAUGCCAUUUAAAUGUAAGGUUUUUAUUAUCAACUGAUGUUAAAUUUUCUCUGAGGAGGUGAAACUGUAUCAGUUGCAUGAUUUUUUAUUCUCACAUUUAUUGUUACUCAAAUAAAAGAAUGAACAAAAAUCAUUUUUUAAAGAAAUUUUACUUUCUCAUUAUCAUCAGUACAGGCUUUUCAUCCUUCAUUUGGCCUGAUCUUAUUAAUGGGGGUGCAGGAAGCAGUUAUUUGUAUGUGACAGUCUGAAAUAUAAAUGAAACUGAAAUAAAGUAAUGGGGUAAACUAAUUAUUAUUAUUACUGCUCCUUAAUCAACCCAACUUUAUUAACUUUUUUCCAAGUUCAGUAUUCCAGUACUAAUACGUUUUCAAUAAAGGAAACCACUUUAAACUCAAA